GCGAGGUUAGGUACUUAAGUUGGGACGUCGAGUUAAACCUUACCUUCCUCGUUGGACGUGAAAAUAAAGACUGGGCACAAAAAUGGCCGAAAACACCGCAGAGGUUGAACACAAGGCUAAAAGGCCUUUCCGUAAAUUCACAUACCGCGGCGUUGACUUGGACCAGCUUUUGGACAUCCAAGGAGAACAGUUGAUCGAGCUGUUGCACUCACGUGCUCGCAGGCGUUUUUCACGUGGUGGUCUUAAGCGUAAAGAGUCAGCUUUGGUGAAGAAAUUGCGCCGAGCAAAGAAAGAUGCUCCACCAAUGGAAAAACCUGAAGCUGUGAAAACUCAUCUCCGCAACAUGAUCAUUGUUCCUGAAAUGGUUGGCAGUAUCAUUGGUGUCUACAAUGGAAAAGUUUUCAAUCAAAUUGAAAUCAAGCCUGAAAUGAUUGGUCAUUAUUUGGGUGAAUUCAGUGUGACAUACAAACCAGUUAAGCACGGAAGGCCUGGUAUUGGUGCCACUCACAGCUCUAGGUUUAUUCCAUUGAAGUAAAUUAUAUAUAUAUAUAUUUUUUUCACAAUAAAAUAACAUGUUGUCUUAUCAUG